UUUUUCUUUGUUCUUUUUCUUUUUUUCCCCCUAAAAAAUUCCCCCCUAGUGUUUCCAUGUCCCAAAGCUGACCUAAACCGGGUGAUGUUAGAAAAAAAUAUUCGACCAAAAGGUGCUGGUGCAUAAUUUCACACGGUAAGGUAGAGUGACAAAACCUUACAGACAACGUACAUGUAUGUACUAUACAUACAUACAUGUGAAACAUUUUCCAGCGGUAACGAUAUUAGCUUGUAAGGCUAUAGCGUACAAUGUCCAUACGUACCUAAGCGUAACUCAAAGUCUUUUGUUUCAGCUUGACCGAACUGAAAUAAUUGGCUGGUGAUCAAGCACUUGACGUCGAUAUUUACCCCAACCCAUGAUGUUGAUGAGCCGAUCCCACCGGGUGUAGGGAGGAUUUUAAACCCGUUCACCUUCGCAGAAUGGUGAUUUCUUUAUUUAUGGAUUGUUUUCAAACCCACGUUUGGAGGAUUUCUCUAAUAUUAUUAUUUUUUUUAUAUUUUUGACAUACUGCGCACUUACGCACUGCGCAGACGUCCCUGUCUGGCCAGCCACCAAGCAAGAGCGAAAAGUGAUGGCACAUCCUCAACAAAUUCGGCGAUGGCGACUGCAUUAUCAUACUCAAAGCCUGCACACUGGGCUAAAACUUGGCCUACGUGUAGCUCUGGUCUUUUUUGCCUUUUUUUGGUUGUUCAAAUUAUUUUUGAACUAUCGUGUGAUGUGGAGCCCCGUUAAGUAUCAAGCCAUAGCGAACCCCGUUAAGUAUCAAGCCAUAGCAAGCCCCGUUAAGCAUCAUGUCCAACCAAAAGUUGGUAAAGUGACAAUGCUAUGGGGAAACAACCCGGUCUACGAGAGGGCGUUAAAGACGCAUGAAGAACACAGCCGCCGAUUAGGAUAUCCUCUAUUUAAACUACAGGCUCCAGUUCUUGAUGGUUUUUGGAACAAAAUGGCCAUCAUUCUAUCAGUUCUACUACAGGAGUUACAAAAGCCUGUGGAUGAUCGACUGGAGUGGCUGCUCUACUUCGAUGCCGACACUGUACUCAUGAAUCCCAACAUGCCACUGGAGACCUUCUUACCUCCGCCGCAUUUGCCGCACGUCCAUCUUCUUCUCUCCAAGGAUUGGAACGGAAUGAACAGCGGUGUCUUUCUGAUCCGCGUACACCCAUGGUCUGUGCAAUUGCUUACCGCCACAACCGCCUACCCAAUCUACAACCCAAACGUCGAACUCCGCUGGUUUGACCAGUCAGCAAUGGGUAACCUUAUAAAGGAGAAUGAUUACUUCCGCCGAUCCACUGUAUACUGUCCGCUGCGCUGGUUCAAUGCCUACAUGAGAGCACCAAACGGACUAGACCUGAAUCCAGACUCCCCUUCACAUCUCCAGGUACAUCCUGGCGAUCUCCUGGUUCAUUUUCCGGGGACUCCCAAAGAGAAACUGGAUGAGACUUUGGGGCCAUAUAUGGCUAUAGCGGAAUCGCAUCGAGCGGAGUGGGAGCAGCCGUUGGAGAAUACAGGAUACAUAAAAGAGACAGAGUCAUUCUGGGAGGGCAUAGAUCCCCCCGAUUGAUCAAGUACCAUCACUUUUGAUUUAGCUGCAGCUCUGGCCAGGCUAUAUAUUUAUAAUAACAGUUUGAUCUUGUCUUUUCUUGUGUUAACUCAAUUCCUCCAGUGCCUGCACCCUCUACUCUACUGUGCUACUAUUAAUCAGACACAACAGGUAUCUUUUACUAAGCUCAUAGAGAAUGACGGAAUUUUGAAAGUGAAAAAUGUAAAUGAUAUCCACAUUAUUCAGUUUAUUAAAUUAUGCUGCCAUUAUUAACUUAUUUCAUAGAAAAACAUCUUUAUAAUAAAUUGAACUCUGAAAUUUUAAAAUAUCAGAAAAGUCUUAUAAGAUCUGCAGAGCUAGAUAUAGCGAAGCUGUUGACAUAAGGAAUGGUUCAACCCCAGAUAGUUCUGGUGGUGAUUGAGCUCUUUUUGCAUCGGGGCGCAUCCGGAAAAAUGGAAAAUCCGGAAGCUGUGUGAGUAUUAGAUCCCUCCUCCCGUUAUCCCAUCACCCGUCGACAAACGCCUAUGGAUCCUUCCAUCCAUCGACCUUCCAAAACUCCCAGUCCCUUAUUCAUUAAGUUAUUCAGGUUUAAAUAGUAUUGACUUACUAUACAUUAUCUUGUCAAGGCACUACGGAUCGUACUGUACGUAUAAUUAUUAACCCUCACGGAUAAAGUUUUCGUGUCAGUGCUGCUUCUCUCUAUCCUCCUCUCUUCACCCUCAUGAGAUACUUUCCGCCUCACAUCCAUACUCUCCCGUUUGCUAGCCUUCCUUCUCCGUUUAUCCACCUUCUUCAUCGCCUCUUGUGUCAACUCUUGCCGGAACAUUCUCUCAAUAACUUCCUUCUUGCGCGACUUACGGUCCCCAAUCCAAAUCAAAACACCACCCAUGAUGUUGCAUGUAAGUGAGCAGCAGAGAAGUACAGUCGUAAGGGCGGACGGGCGAACUUCGUAAUGGAUAGCCCACGUGCAUGUGCCCAAUGCUAUCUGGAAGAUGGAGUGGAAGUCCAGCAGCACGAUGAUAGCAAUCAGGAGGCGGAGGGGGAAGGCUGUGUGGGUGCUUGUUUCAUGCGGUUUGUAAAAUGUGUGUGAUCUCGAGAGCUUCUUUUGAUGGUGCUCCAGGCGCUUCUGCUGCUUUGCGUUGAGGACUGAGUAUUCCUCUGGUUUGAUUUCAUCGUUGGGGCGUCCGUCACUAAGAUUAUCCACGGUAUUUAUUUCGGUAUCGAUGUGUUGGUUGGUGUCGUCUAUCCUCUCCUUGGGAAGGUCGUUUUUGUUGUGGAGUUUAGGGAGCGCUUUUUCCUUCCGCAGACGCCAGGUCAUGUGGGCAUAGCGCGCGACAAAAAUCAUGUGGUAUGUGUCAAUUGCGCGGAACGGGGCAAGUCCGUCUCCUACUAUGGCGAAUAAAGCGACGAGAACAUUGUCUAUGACGUUGAUGAUAUAGAGCUGACGCCCGCCAACAUUGAUCCACCCUAACUUCACGAAUAUUGCAUUAGGUCAAUGUGCUUUAUGAAGUUUAAACGUAGAGCGCUCAUUGUAAUCAGAGAACACACCUAUGAGGAACAGGACCCAAGCAAGACCAAAAAGUGUAAUUAGUGUCGCAUAGAGCGUGACUAGAAACCCAAGAGCUGCAUAUGAAAAUAUGUUAGUACUGUGACAUGAUGGUGCGUAAGGGAGUUAGUUAAUGGGUUGACCCACGUUUCCGAACAUACUGCCCAAAGCCCUUCAUAGAUCGUUUGAACUUAGAUCGCCGC